UGUACAGUCGAUGAGUAGGACAGCGCCACCUGGCGGAGGGUGUCAUUACGUCUCUGUAUUUUCUUCUCUUCUCAUUCCGCUCCUUCCAAUGAUAGAGCGAGAAUGCGGUCAGUGAGAUUGUGUGCCUUCGCGGGGGUUCAGCGGGUCACCGGCGACUCAAAUGGCCUUUAAGCGAAGACGCGUCGACAUCUGAGUGUGUUUAAAGGAGAGAUAUGAUGAUGACGAGCCCGGGGGCGCGCGACACAGCACGCGCUUUACCGCAGUGGAUGCGCAUGUAUUUCUACGGGAUGCACGGAGUCACACUGGACAUCCUUCUGUCCUCCGCGCGCCACUUUCUGGAUGAACACGACCUCACACUGCUGGGAUUCUCCUCUCCGUACCUGUGCAUCGCGCACUCCGUCACGCAUCUGCUCCUGGAGAAGAUCUACCAGCAGAAGAGAUGCUUCCACGGGCGCCCGGCCGUUUUCCACCUCGUCUUCUACCCGUCCCUGUACAUCUGCCUGCAGAUUUUAAUCGGGAAUCUGGUGACCUGCACGGAGAACAUCAGAGUGGUGUCCAUCACGCAGCUCGUGGUGCAUUACAUGCUCGCUUUAUACUUCUCAAACAUCUUUCAUAGAGGCGUCUUGCAUCUGCGGUAUCAGGAAAACAGGGUGUCGUGGAGACCCGCGCGCGCGAGCCGGUUACCCGGACUCCUGCGCUUCGUGUUCUUCGGGAUGCACGGGUUUCUGGAUGAGGUGGUCUUCACGUCUGUGUUUAAUCUGUUCGAGAAAGAGGACCGGAGCUUGAAGGGUCACACAUCCCUGUGGUCCUUCUUCAUGUAUGGAAGCUGCAGCUUCGUGGUGGAGAAGCUUUACCUGCACCUGCACUUCAGGAGAGGAUGGAGAACCUGGAAGAGGCUUCCCAUCUACAUCUGCUUCAUCUACGCCUGGGAGUUCAGCUGGGGCUUCGCUCUCAGGCACUUCGGCGCAUGUUCCUGGGAUUAUUCCCAUUAUCCCCUUAAUUUCAUGGGACUGGUGACCUUGCUGUAUCUUCCUGGAUGGGUUUGUCUGAGUCUGUAUCAAGACGUCUUGUCUAAUGCUCUGAUGAGGGUUGUGUGUGGUGAUGACGAGGACAAGGACAGAUUGCAUGUUGGACCAGGAAAAAAAGGCAUUUGAGUGUUUGAUGCUUGAGAAAGCUUUUA